AGCAACACGGUCAUUGGGUCAUAUCCUCUCUAGAUUUAAGUCUAAACAUUAUCUGAUUAAAAUGAAUCAACUGGCUGAACAAGUCAGAAGCUGUCUUUAAGAAAAAAUGAAAGUGAAAUAAAUAAGAUCUAUAAUCUUGAUCUAGAAUAGAAUAGAUGUAGAUUUUAUCAAUAUGAAAACUGGGAAAAGUUGAUCUGUUACUUUCUCAAGGUGACCUUUUUAACCCAGGCAAGCUCAGGAUACUCUGAUAACUUCAGUUAAAAACAAACAGCAAUCAGUAUGAUAAAAGUAAAAGCCAUUAUGCAGACACUUUUAAUUCAAUCUGAACAAUUGAAGCAAAUUCUUUGCAUAAUUUCAAAAUAAAAUUUGGCAUCCUAGUAUGCCUAGCUGUAGACGUGUGCAAUUGAUUUGCUUUUCACAAAAAAAUGAUUCUUCUAGAAAUGUUAGUUGGAGGAAAGUCUUAUUGCUUAUGUACCUUUCUGGUGCUCUGCUUUUUUGUUCUGCUUCUACAACAGCCCCAAGUCUUGAUUAUGAAAACCAAUCUUCUGUUAAAUAUCAAUUAUCAAGUUCCAAUGUUGAAGUUCAAUCAACAUUGUCAAAUGAUGAAUCAUUCAAAUCAACCACUGCUGAAAGUCAAUCAACCUCCUUUGGUGAAGACAUAUUAACAAAACCUUUUUCUGAAAAUCUGCAACCUAAUUCCUCAGUUGAAUUAUAUGAGUGCCCAACAGGACCAUUUGGAGACUUGUGCAACUGUUCUAAUUAUUUUGUUAACUGUAGCUACAAGGGACUUGAAUCUCUACCAGAUGUAAAUUUAAACAUACAUUCACUAGAUAUCUCUUAUAACUUUGUUUCUUCAAUUGACUGGAAUUAUUUCUUCUUAUUCCAAAAUAUGACAAUUAUAAAUCUAACAGGCAAUGCAUUACACAAUGUAACUUAUCCUAAUGAAACUCUACCAAUAACAGAGUUGUACAUUGCUAAUUGUGAUCUAAACUAUUUCAACUUCACUUAUUUUUGCAAAUUACAAAUUUUACAUGCUGCUGGAAAUAAACUUUCUUUCACGGCUGAUUCUUUUCAUUGUAUGAAAGAUAUUGAGGAAAUCAAUCUUAGUAAUAAUAGCCUUUCAACAUUGCCCUCAAUUAUUUUUGAUGGAUUAGAAAGACUGAAAACACUAAAUCUUGCUGGUAAUCCAUGGUCAUGUGAUUGCAGUCUUGUGUGGAUGAAGUUAUUUAUUGACUCACUUAUCGCUUCUAAUGGAAUACUUGUAGAUGCCAACAAUACACUAUGUAAUACAAAGAAUCAAUCAAGUCCAGUCAGUUUUAUUUCUAGGAACAUAUAUGACUUUUCAUGUCAUUGGGCACAUCCAUUAUACAGGCAAAAAAAAUCAGCAGAUAUUCAAUUUGACUGGCAAAAAAUCUGUCCACAAUUGAAAGCUGUGUUAAAGGUUAUGUGUGGUCCUAGUAAAGCCACUUCCUGUGUGUAUGAUUUUUCUAGUCAGAGCUACUCGCUAGUGCAGUAUAGUCAAAAGAAAGAUGCCAUCUCAGUCUCAUCCUGCAGAGACAUGUGCCAUGAAAGUCUGGCUGGCUACUUUGUGUUCAACAUUUCACAAGCACUCUGUUUAUGUGGAGACUUGAACAAUGCUCCUUUAUGUGCUGACUGCAGCUCUAGCAUUAACACAUCACUGAAGCUGUGCAAUGAUAGUUAUGUGAAUAUUCCAGGAGCCUUGAGCGUGUUUUAUGACUUCUUGAUUAGUGUUUCACCCUCACAGCCAGAAGUAAUGUCACCAGUGAGCUUUUAUCUGAGCGGGGGACCUAUCACUUAUGACACUUUUACUUGGAGUUUUGGUGAUGGUGUCACAGCUGCGACAAAUAUAACAAACAUAUCACAUAUUUAUAUUUACCCAGGAACUUUUCAAGUGUUGUUGGCCUUGUAUAGCAGUAAGCUAGAACUGAAGAAAGAGAUGAGUCUAAAUAUUAAUGUUAUAAGCCAGUCUGCGUCAGUUACUUUGUCAUGUCCAUCACUAGUCAGUACAUCAGAAAAAAUAAAUAUCAGUGCAUCUUUAUCAUCUCCUUGGCGGCAGAGUCUAACUUGGUUCAAAGAGCAAUUAGAUGUUGAAACAAAAGGAUCCAUGCCUUGUGCAGGUAUAUUAAAUAACAAGAGUUGUUAUGUGGUUGUCAACCAAAGUGCAUCAUGGGAACAAGCAGUAACUAUUUGUCAAACAAACUUUACCAACGGUCACUUAGCGAUUAUUCCUGAUGCUUCUGUCAAUUUGGUAUUAGCAAGUCAAGCCUUGAGGCCUUUAUGGAUUGGUCUCAAGGCAGGUGGUGUACAAGACCAAUAUUAUUGGUCUAAUGGACAACUUCUCAGUGGCUAUGCCAGUUGGGCAAACACUUUGACAGGAGAGCCAUGUGUUAGUAUAAACAGCUCAGGUCUUUGGCUUUCCCAAUCAUGUUUAGACAAGAACUUUUAUGUCUGUCAGUAUGACCUUUGGGAUUUGGUCAGCACUAGUUGGGGAGUUUCUGGCACAGUGCCAGUAUUUGGUAACUUUCUCAACUAUUCAUCCCUAAUCAUUGGAGGGUCUUCACGUAUACUGGACAGCUAUAGUAUUAUCCUACCAGGCACAUGGUUUAGUGAUUCUGAUAAUAUACUGAGCUGGAACUUCAGAACCAAGUCUUUGAAUGAAACAACAAUUGUAUCUCUUCAGAUCUGGAGACCAGUAUGUGACUUAGGAGUUUUAACUAAACCAGGUUGUGGCUCACAGGCUGCGCUGUACAGCUGCCAAACUGAUGCUACACAAUGUCCUGAUAACAGCACCUGUGAAGAGGGAAAGUUUUAUUGUUACAUCACAAAGACAUGUCAGAAGCUGUCAGUUCCUUGCACUUGUGCAGGUGUACAUCCAGCUGAGAGUAUCAACUGUCAGAAUAUGACCAUCAGUACAAAUUUUAUGCUUAUACAUGCUGUGAAUGUCACAGUGCAGCCUCAAAGCACACUGUCACAUGUUGACAUUCCUGCAAGUCUUAAUUGGACUGUUGAGGCUGGAGAUGUCAUUGGCUUUCAGGCAGAUGGCCUGGACAUUGUUGAAUGUGACAACUCAACAAUGCCCCCAUGGCAGCACCCACUGAUGAUACAGAAAACUAAAGGCUGGCUGAAUUCGAUGAUCACAAUUGGGGGAGGAAAUUAUGAGCUCAGGAACAAUGUGACUUGUUGGAUAAAUGUUGUGCAUGCGAGGGUAAAGAAAUCAAAAGUUCCUGAGAACUUGAGUUAUCUCAUGGUAGCAGGAAACUACUCUUUCACUCUGGAUACAGGACUGUCCAAGUUACUGUCUUGUAACAUCACAGCAUUAGAUGCAGUAGGAAGUUUUACUUUAAUAUACCCACAGCCUCUUUGUUUAAAUCAGUCCACAGUCAUGGUCAAUGUUGAAAGUGAACAAUUCCAAAUAUUUGUGGUAAAAGUUGAUAAUGGAUCUGAUCUUAGCUUUAGGUGGACAGACUCUGAUGAACAAGUUAUUCCAAAUACUGUGAGCUCCAGUUGUCCAAGCUCAAUAGCUAACAAAAUCACUUCCUGCAGUUAUAACACUAGUCUCCUAGCUAACCCAUACUCUUUUACCUCUAAAAAGUUCUCAACCUCUGUAUCCACCACCAUUCAGGUUUCUGUUUCAAAUAGGGUCAGCGUUAAAAAUUUGAGGAUUAUGGUUCACUCAUUUACUCCUGUUACAGGCUUAGAAUUCUUCCACGCCAACUGUUCAGACCACACUAAAUGUGUCAUUGAUCUAGAGACAGGCAUUCCUCACACAUUUAUUGUUAGUCUAAAAACUGGAGAUAAUGAAACUAGAACCUACUUUGUCAAUGGUGUAAACAUCAAGAAGCCAACAGUUACUUCCACUGGCAAUUUGAUUUACAUCUUCAACACAACUGGGCAGUUUAAUCUCACUGUGAAUGUGUCCAACCCUUUGUCUUGGAUGACCAACAAUCUGACUGUGUUGGCCAGUGCUAAAGCCCAGUUUAAGUCCAUCAAUUUUGAUAAUAUCCAAGAUAAAUAUCCUCUGGGUGAGAUUUGUAACAUUUCUGCUGUUGUGCCAGUCACUGAAGGAGCAAGUUUAAACAUUUCAUGGAGUUUUGGAACAAAUGUUUUUUCAUCAUAUUUGUCUUCAGCUAAUUCUUCAAUUUUUUUUGCACUAUAUACUUUCAAAAAUCCUGGCAACGUGACAGUUGGACUUACACUCACUGAUUCUUUUCAUGACCAGAUUACAUCAACGGUGACAAUUUUUGUGUAUAAGCCAAUCAAAUCUGUUGAAUUGGUUCCUUGUUCAAAUUUUGUGGCAACCAUGGAAUCUUUCAACACAUCUGUUGGCAUUGGAAAUGCAGUGCAGAAUGAUAGUAUGUACUUUGGCAAUAUCACCUACUCAGUGGAUUGGGGAGAUGGCAGUGAUUCUCAAAGCUGGACUGUCACUGAGCUGAAGAUGCUCAUGUUACAUGUUUUUAAUGUGAGCAGAAUAUACAUAGUAAAUGUUUCAGUGUGUUCCGAAUUUGAUAAAGCUAGGGCAUUGAGUGAGUCCUUCUCUGUCACAGUGCAAGAUAAAAUUAUGGGACUAGCUUUAACAUAUGAUGGGCCUAAGCAUGUUAGUAAGGAAAUCAUAUUUACCAUUAACUAUACCAGUGGGACAGAUGUUUUUUUCUCCUUGAAUUAUGGCGAUGGCUCUAAUGCUACUGGGUUUCAAAACAGUUCAGUCUUUCCAUACACAUACUCCAAUGCGAGUGUUUAUGAAGCUCAAGUCAUAGCCAAAAAUUUAGUUGGUCAGGCUACUCACUCAUUUACACUGUUUGCUUAUGAUGAACACCUGCUCCAGAUCAUCCGUUUGAAAUUUCCCCAGUGUGUGUCUGUCAAUACAACUGUGGAUAUCAGUACUGAGGUAGCAGCACAGAGUCCUAAAAACCUGGACUAUUUCUGGUUGCUUGGAAAUGGCUUUGUGUCUAAUGGGACAGGCAUACAAAAAAUAACAACAAAGUUUGAAAACAUUGGCAAUUAUAAUGUCUCCCUUACAGUAAGAAAUACCACAAGCUCAAAUGCCCAUGAUUUAAGCAGAACAAUAUGUGUUCAGGAGAAUAUUUCUGGGGUGUCUGUCAACUUUACCAAUCCAGUAGCUUUUAAUCAGAUGAAAAUAUCAGAGAAUGUUACUUUGACUGCCAUUGUGGCAUUAGGAUCUAACUUGAUCUUUUCCUGGGAUGUUGACAACACCAGUAAUGUUGGCUCAGGGCAAGUUUUUGACUUGAAAGUUACACAGCCGAGAAACUAUUCACUUACUUUAAAAGUGUCCAACAAUAUUAGUAAAGGAGAGAAGAGCAUUGUAGUUCAAGUUCUGAGUAUCAUUAGUGGACUACAGAUCCAAUGUGGUCAGUGUUUUUUGAACAGGUAUGUUAAAACUCUCACCAAUAUAACCAUGAAUGCUGAAGUGAUUUAUGGCAGUCAAGAAAUAUACACAUGGAGAUUAGAUAACACUACAACUUACGUCCAGAACAAGUCUUAUGAACACAUGUUUACUGCCCCUGGAACUUAUAUGGUGAAUGUUACAUCUCAGAAUGCUGUGAGUAAGCAAAGCUCAACUUUGACCAUUGUGGCUCAGGAUGAAGUCAGUGGGGUCAGUAUCAAUGCUACCCCUGCUAUAGGAAAUGUAAACCAGAGAAUUAUGCUCAAGGUUAACUGGACAAGUGGCACUGAUGUCCAGUUUGACUGGAACUGUGAUUUUGUCAAGUUUAAUGGAACAGACAGUGUCACUCGUAUUUUCCAGAGUGAAGGCCUUCACCAGUGUGCCGUUGUUCUGUUUAACAACAUUUCAAGGGUGAAUCAUUCCUUGCAGGUCCAUAUACUUAGUUCCAUAACCAAUUUAUCUAUAAACCACAGCUUGAUAUUAGUUCAGCAGUCGCACAUUUUAUAUGCAUCCACUGGGCGAUCUUAUGAUUUCUUUUUAAUCACCAACACCUACUACAUGGUUAGUUUUGAAUGGAACUUCACAGGAACUAUACGCAACUCCUUGCAUACAGGUCCAACCUUUACUAUCACUUUCACUGAUGUUGAGUCUGGUAAUAUCACAUUGAAAGCUACCAAUGAGUUGAGUACAAAAUCUGUGACACUGCCCAUAGAGGUCCAGGAGGAAAUCAGAAAUCUGAGUAUAAGUUUCAAUAUUAGUUAUCCUUUCAACACUAGCUCACCAUUGUAUGUACCAGUUGGAGAGAGUGUUUUGUUCUGCAUGAGUCUUAUGUCUGGUUCUAACUUCUUGUCUCAAUGGUAUCAUAAUGGCGUUUUGAUCAGCCUUACAAAUGUUUCAAAAGACUCUGUCUUGCUAGAGUUCACGUCAGUGGGACCAUCCAGUAUAGAACUACAUGUCUCAAAUGCUGUAAGCUCCAGAAACAAGUCUGUGACUGUAAUGGCACUAGAAGCUGUGUCUAAUGUCACUAUAAAGGUAGGAGGAGCCUCAAAUCUACCUUAUUUUAGAACAGGCUCGAAUCUAAGCCUCUCAGUUCCUACUGUCAGAGGGUCUUUACCUGUAUACAACUGGUCAAUCAUUUCUCAGGCAAAAGGUCAUAUUUACAUGUCAACACAAUCAAAUAUAUCCUACAUCUUUAAAGAUGCAGAUGUUUAUAAAAUAAAGCUAGAAGUGUCUAAUUUACUCAGCAAUCAAACAGAGGAGAAAACUCUAAUUGCACAAGGUGCAAUAACAAGGCUGAAUAUGUCAUUAAAGAAUCAGAUCACUGCAACAGGAGUGAAUGUCACAAUGAGUGCAGUUAUUAACCAAGAUAGUACAAAUGUCAGCUAUACAUGGAACAUCAGCGGGGAUGUCAUACAAGGUGAAACUGUUAUCAAAACGUUUGACUUACCAGGUGUGAAAAAUGUACUUUUAAGUGCUUCUAAUAAUGUGUCUAACCAGACCUCCAUGAAUUUCAUCUAUGUAUUGGAUCCAAUCAUUAACCUCAGAAUUAUUGACUGUUCCCUGCCUCAAGAAGCUCAAAAAAGUUUAUCCUUAAAGUCAACCAUAGACAGAGGAACCAAUGUCACUUUCAGAUGGACUGUUCAAUUUAAGAAUAAAAACACCAGCAUCAGUGGACAAAAUAUCUCUUAUGUUUUUCCCAGUGAAGGAGUCUACACUUUGUAUUUAACUGCAAUCAAUGCAGUAAGCAGUGUGACAGUGACUUGCAGUAAAAAAAAUUACUUUCCUAUCUCUCAGAUAACAUUGAAGUUAAUUGAUCCUAGUCCAGACUACGUUUUUCAGAACCAGAAUGUCACUUUCUCAGUAACAGGGGAACACUUAUGGCUUGCCAUGUAUGAAUGGAGUAUCUAUUCCCAAAAUGUUAGCACAUUGUCCAGCAUGAAAACGUUCACAGCUUUAUUUCCCAGUGUUGGGAACUACACUUUGUCACUGAAUGUAUCCAAUGAAAUCAGUCAUGUUCUGGUCCAUCUAAACUUUACUGUGAAGGAGUGCCUCUGCCAGCUGCCAGAGGUGACAGUAAUUGGACCUAACAGUCGCACUUACCAGAGGUCAACAGCUAUUGAGCUUGAGGUCAAUGUGGAUACCAAAGACUGCUCCUUGUAUCUGGCUGAUCAUCAGUGGAUGGUAUUUCAAUCUGAUGACUGCAGCAACUUGACAGAGACCAAUCAGAUUCAUCUUGAUAACACUUCCACAACAAGUCUUAAGCUUAUUAUUCUACCAAGAACCUUAACUCCUGGUUUUUACUGUGUACGUUUUGUGACUGGCUAUCUGUACACUAGUGUAGCUGAGAUGACCUACUUCAAGAUUAAUGUAACAGCAACUGCUGUGAAGGCAAUUAUAAAAGGAGGGACUAGCAGAACUGUAGCUGUAGGAACAGAAGUCUGUAUGGAUGGAUCUCUAUCAGUUAAUCUAGAUAUCAAUUAUGAACCACUGUACAUGUGGCAAUGCAUACAGUUGUCAAGUGAAGGUGGCGGAUGUUUCCAACAGCAAAAAGGGAAAUUGUUUUGCUAUGAAAGUUUUCAACCUGGAAAAUACAAAAUUAUUCUUCAAAUUGUUGGACAAGAAACAAUUCUUGGAUCUGCUGAGCAAUGGGUAACUGUGCUUCCUGAUAGGAGUGAGUUGCCCUUGGCCAGCAUUGUUUGUGAGUCAUGUACUAGAUCAAACAACUAUCGAUUAAGUGCAAGUCAAUCUGUGUCUCUCUCUGCAUCCUGUGAGAAGUGCUCAUGUCAGCCGUAUUUUGCAUGGAGGGUCUAUGAGGAUCAAGUUCAAAUAAAUCCCAACAGAUCCCAGAAUCCAACUGGACUGUCAGGUCCUCACCUAUUGCUCACUAAAUGGGGUGCACUGAGAGACAAUCAUAACUACACCUUUCUGCUUGAUGUUUCUUGUGAGAAAGAUUUCUCCAAAAAUGGAAGCGCCUCUCUAGAGAUGCUGGCUAACUUGCCACCUUCUGGAGGAACAUGCAUUUUCCGACCAACUGAAAUAGUGCCUUUGGAGAAUCAAGUGACUGUAUACUGUGCAGAUUGGAUAGACAUAGAUGACCCUGAUACUGCUCUUGUCUACAGCAUCUAUGUUGUUUCUGAAAACGCGUUGACCAAUCAGAAUAGAAGUUACUUGCUGUAUACAGGGACUAGCCAAUCACAAUCAGUGUACCUAUCAUCAUACACUAAUGAAACGGCUAUUUUGAAAGUUAUGGUAUCUGAUCUGUAUGGAGCAAGUGCAUCAGGUGGCUCCAAAUCCAUUGAACUCAAACCACUUUCUUUACCUAAGAACAUGACAGCCAUAGAUUAUAUCAGUGAACAGACAGACACAAGACUUUCAGCUUUUAUCAAGCAAGCCAAACCCAUGACCAUUCUCCAGUUUGCCAUAGCUUUAGGCCUCAGCUUAAAUCAAGAAUCUCAGAGAGAGCAUGGGGCAGUGGGUAUAGAAAGUCUUUCAGAGCAGAAGAGGUCUGCUGUUCGUGAUGCUAUUGCCAUAUGUUUAUCCACAUCUGUUCCUAUUACAACUGUAGCAGAUGUCCAGCAGAUGGCAUAUGCUCUGAGGAUGUUAACGGAUUAUUCUGAUGAGUUCCUUACCAAAGACAGUCAACUUCUUAUAAUGAUGACAUUGACAAAAAUGCACAAGGUUCUUUCCCAAUCUCUUCCAACUAUUGAAGGUCAAGAUGAUAUUCCAGUAGAUGACCUUGCUGCUGUCAUCACUAACUUGUUGAAGGCAGUAAACACACCUGUCUACAGCUCUGGCUGGAGUUCUGACAAGACCAUCACAAUUGACAGUUUUAACACAAAGUUUAGAAACUUGACGCCUGAAAUUUCAAUGACUCUGGGGACUAUGGAAUUUCACAAAAUUGGAUUGGGGGAGGCACAUAGAAAGUCAGUGAUCUCUGCAGUGGUUCCUUUUCUUGAGGAUAUCAUCGUGACUUCUCUGCGGACUACAGUUAUUGGUGGGGAAGGUUUUGACUUUGAGAUCAAUGAAAUCAAGCUUAAAGGUCAACGUUGUUAUGCCCAGGAUAUUUCAACUAACAACUUUUUUGAGCGCAUACAAUUUAAUUUAAGCUCUGAACUUUUGUCAAGACAAAAAGAAAAACAUGAUGAAGUUCUGCAAAUCUGGAUUAGCUACAGCCAGAAUCCCUACACUUAUGGCUAUGAAGAGCCUACAUAUGACUACAUGCCUGUACAGACCAUUUCCUUUUAUGAAACCAAUGGCUCCUACAUCACUCUCCAUGAUCUUGGUGAUACUGACAGUGUCAAGUUAAGCAUGAUGUCUGCUGGGAAUGCUAGCAACUUUUUAAGCAGUGAAGGAGUCAAUUCAGGCAUCUUUUAUGAGCCACAAAAAAAUCUUUCUUACAGUUCUGUCAACAUUCUGCCAAAUAAAAAUGUGCUGUGGCAGAUUUCUAGCACAAACUUUAAUAUUCAAAAAGGUGUUGGAAUCCACAUUCAGCUGCGUAUCAAGUUCCUACCCAUGGAUACAAAUGGUACUAACACCAAAGGAUCUACUGUUACUUGCUACCUUGGUUUGAACGAUACCCCAAGCUCAUCACACUAUUUUCAAAAGUUAAUACUAUCAUCACAAUUAAUGGACAGUGGAACCGACCACAGGCUUUAUACAUUUUUCUCGAACCAAUUGACAACCACAGAUAACUUAUUUGUAAUGGCUGUGAAUGAUGACCGUUAUCAUACAGUUCAACUCUCAGUGGCCACCUAUUACUCUUUCUGUCAGUACUUUAACACAACAACUCAACGCUGGGCCAUGGAUGGCUGUGUGGCCAGAGAGACAUCAACAGCAGUGAACACAUUCUGUCAAUGCAACCAUUUGACUUCUUUUGGUGCUGCUGCAUUGGCUCCUAUAGUAGACUUUGAUUUUGCUGAUCUAGCAAAUUUAGAUCUGGCAACCAAUCCAGUUGUUUUCAUUGCUGUGGCAAUCAUCUUCUGUGUUUAUCUAGUCAUUGCUUUCAUCUGUGGAUACUUCGAUCGAAUGGAUCUGAAACGUAUAUCAAGGAUUCCUCUUUGUGGUCGAGAUGGUGGCUAUAAAUAUAAAAUAACUAUUGUUACUGGACGUUCAUUUGGUGCUGGAACAAGUGCCAAUGUUGGACUAAAACUUUAUGGCAGUCAAUGCAAAGGACAAACGAGACAUCUCACCAAGAUGGGAGCUUUCCAGAGAAAUUGCCAUGAUUCUUUUUUGGUGGCUUUUGACACAAGCUUAGGAGAAAUAACAAAAAUGAUGAUUUGGCAUGACAAUUCAGGGCUGUCUCCCUCUUGGUAUUUGUCUCAUGUUAUUGUGCAAGAUGUUCAAACCAAUACUAAAUACACCUUUAUUGUGAACUCAUGGCUCUCAUUGGAGAUGGAGGAUGGCACUAUACAGAAAACUGUUAUGGUAGCAGAUGAUGAGCAAUUAAAAAGUUUUAAACAUCAGUUCAGCACAGUUUUCUUUGCCACCCUUGCGGAGCUUCAUGCUUGGCUGUCUGUAUCUAACAGACCUGACCACAGCAGAUUUACAAGAGUGCAGAGAGCCACCUGCUGCUUGACCUGCACUUACCUGUAUAUGGGUGUCAAUGCAAUUUGGUAUGGAGUCUUCAAGACCAAAUCAGAGGCAGAGGCAGACAUAAGCUGGAACUCUUUAGGAUGGGAAGAAAUCAUUAUAGCCUUGGUGUCUACCAUUAUGGUACUGCCUUUGUUAUUUGGGCUUUCAUAUCUUUUUAAAAGAACACGAUACAAAGAAUCUGUGCUGACACAAGCCAGAAGACCCAGCACUGCCCACACCCUGGAGAUUGAUGCUGACAUUGACCUGUUCAGUACCAGUGAAUCUUCCAAAACUCUGACUACACUUGGGGAUUUGGAAAUGGCAGGGAUAGAAAGGGAGAGCACUACAGAUUCUUUGCCAAUUACAACAAAGUUAAAAAGAACUGUGCCUAUGCAUGCUAGAAGCAAUAAGAUAAAAAACAUUGAUGAUUCCCUUAACAAAAAAAUGAAAAAGGAACUAUGGUCUCGAGAUAACAUUAUGCAAAAUUGGCCAGAUACCAUGCCAGAUUGGAUUCAACAAGAAAAGGCACAAACCAGUGCAUUGCAUAACUUAUCUGAUACAGAAAUGAAUAACAGUGCAAUAAAAGCAAAGAAAACAAUUAUGCCCAAAAAAUCACCAGGAUUAAACAGAAACAAGUUAGCUGAAGACAUUGAUGAUGAUUUUGAUCAUCAACUUGAUCAACUCUCUGCUGAAAUAGUCAAAGAUGAAAGUAGAAAAAAGAAAACUUUACUUAAGAAAUUCAGUAAAAAAGAUGUUGCAGAUGAUUUGUUUAAUUCUGAUGAUGACUGGGUUUAUGAAGAUCAUGAGAAAUUUGUAAAGGAUUCCUCAAAAUCUAAAUUCCCUGCUUCCUGUCUUGGUGAAGAACCUGGACUACUUCCACCCAUAGAAAGGCAACAGUCUCAAAACAGUGCCAGAAAAAGGUUUGACUCUGGAGACAAAUUUGAUAUUUCUGCAUUUUAUAAAGGAAAAAGACAAAGUAUUGUUUCUUUCUCAUCCAAGACAAAGACUAUUUCUUCAGAAGGACGAGUUCGCUCUAUGAGCCUUGAAUCCCAAAUUUCAAACAAGAAAAUGUCUGGAUGCACUUUACCUCCUUGGUGUUUGUAUGUCAGCUAUGCCAUCUGCAUGAAACUUUGUCUUCUGUCUAUUAUACUUGUCCUUUGGUAUGGCUACAGAUUUGGGGCUUCUGUUGCAGUGAAGUGGCUUGUGUCUUUGUGCUUCAGUGUCUUUGCUUCCAUCCUUGUGGUGGAGCCUGUUAAAGUUGUUUUCAUCACUGUGAUCUUGAAAGUCUUGAAGAAAGAUGUUAUUCCAGAUGAGGAUCCAAGCUUACUGGAUAUUACACCUGUUUCAGAAAUGAAUGAACAGAUUAAAGAGGUCAAGUUCAAACCUCUUGGUGGAUUUGCCUUGCUUCAUGCCAAAGAGGAAGGAAAGAAAUCUCAACGUCUCCACACCAUGCUAAGAGAGGCUGUUAUGUUCAUGCUCAUGUUUGCUCUCUUCCUAUCUGUUGUUUACUCCAACUCAAACACCCGAGCUGUGUACCACCAUCAUCAUAACAUACAGAAAAAGUUAUACAGCAGUCUCAAAACUGGUAUUGAUUUGUCAAAGAUAAAAAGUGUCCCACACUUUUGGCAAUGGUCGCAGAGUGUUAUGGCAAGAGUUAUUCAUUUUAGAGAAUUGGACCAAUCAGAAACUUUUGGAAUUCUUAUGGGAGCCGCUUGGCUGAGACAGAUAAGGGGAGAAAAAGUCCCUUGCCCUGUAGGGUUAUCAACUUCUCCAACAUCAUUUAGAAAGCUGGACACAAAAAGAUGUGUAGACAUAGCCCCCCUUGAUCCUCCUAAGGAUCCAUAUGGUGUACGCUGGAACAUUGGAUCUAAAAACUGGACCUACUCUAGCAGCAGUGAAUUGAACAUGUAUUCAAAGUUUGGCAAGUCUUUAUAUUAUACAGGAAGUGGAUACAUCCAAAAGCUGGGCCUCACUCACAAUGAUACUGUAACCAAGCUAAGGCAGCUUGAAACAGACCAAUGGAUUGACAAUAAGACCAAAGCAGUUUUUGUGGAGUUUAUGCUGUACAGUGCUGGAGUGGACCUAACUACUUCUGGCUCAGUCCUGAUAGAAUUUCCAAUUACUGGGGGACUUUUAGUGAGCACCUCACUACAGUCAGAGAAACUGCUGAGAUAUGUUUAUGGUACUAUUGAACCAAUAUUAGUAUGUCAGGUUAUUUUCCUUAUGUUUGUGAUUUAUUUAUCUGUCCUCCUUUUCACCACACUUCGAUCUGAAAAGCUGGGCUUCUUCCUUGGAUUAUGGAAUUGGAUAGAUUUUCUUAUCUGCAUGUUAGCUUGGACAAACUCAGGUUUAUACUUAGCUUGCAACCUAAGAGCAACAGAUAAUGUCAAUAAAUUUCUCACAGACUCCAAUGAUUCAGCACAUUUGGCUCAGGUGGUGCUGAUGCAUGCAGUUUAUCGUUAUUUGCAUGCUUGUCUUGUGUUUUUGUUUUGUUUGAAGGUUGUUAGACAAAUUAGAUAUAUUAGACCACUCUACAAGUUUUAUAUGACGUUGUCUGUGUCCAGCUGUCCAUUAAUGGGAGUGUUCUUUAUUUUCAUUAUACUUCUGCUUUCUUAUGCUCAGUUGGGAUAUCUGAUUUUCGGUGCCAACAUUCAAGACUAUAGUAGCUUUGAACAGUCACUCACUGCUCUGCUUGGACUGAUGUUUGGCCAGGCGGUUCAACUUACCUGGAUCUUGCAGUCAUUCCCAAUCCUGACACUGAUAUUUUUUACAUCUUUCUGCUUCAUUGCAUAUGGAAUGGUAACAGCCUUAAGUAUAUCUAUUCUGGGAUGGUCCUACAAGUGGUCCAAAUCACAACUGUACUUCAAGACAACAUUAGAGAUGAGGGAUUAUGAGAUGAUAGACUUCAUGCUUCACAAGUUCAAACUAAUAACAGGAAUGAUCAAACCAAAACCUCCAUUCAGAAGAGUUAAAUUUGCUGAUCAUCAAUCAACAUCAUGUCUUUCUACACUCUCAUCUUCUGAGUCAAAUCAGUCAUUCCAAAGAUUCAAAACUAGUGGCUUAAGUAAGAAAAAAUUUAACCCAUUGACUUAUGAUCCAGUAAGCAACCUCAACCGCUCUUGGAAUAAAGUGUUGACACUCAUAGAAAAGGUUGAAGCAAUAGAAUUUUGUGAAGAUGACUCAACAAGAAGACUGAAGACAGUCAUUGAAGCUUGGAAAUCAGUACAAGAAAAAUCUAGAAUACAAAGUGUACAAAAAAAGUGUUUACCAAGAGAAAAGUUAAAGCCACAUUGUAAAGCAUGGACCAAAGUACAAAAUCAUUUUUUGGAAAACAGAGAAGUUGAUUAUACACAUUUGAUGAUGAAUCAAUUGGAAAAGUGUGAUUUAGAAGAUGUUAGUGAGUGUUGAGAUGCAAGCUUCCAUCACCCAACAACCAACAGUUACACCAAAAAUUGUUACGCAAGUAUAAGAAAAGCUUUAUUUUAUUAUUAUAUGUUUUUUUUUAAUCUGUUCACUGUUUACAUAAAACAAAAUUUAUAAUUUUUAUGUUUGUUUGUGAAGAAGUUAAGAUUUAAAAUUUGAUGUGUAGUUUAAAAAAGAGGUCAAUAAUAACAAUUUUGUCAUUUGUAUUUAUAUUUUUCUUAAAAGUUUACAUUUCUAUUGUAAAAUGUGUUUGCUAUUUAUUUUAAAGACAUUAACUAAAUGCUUAUUAGAAUCUAUUUUAAUCUUACUGAGCAUUUUAGUUCAGUAUUUAUCUCUGUGAUAUGAACAAUAACUGUUUUUUUCUAAACUAUCCAUAUAUAUGUGCACAAUAAGGUUUCACCAUUUAUUUAUGCACAUCAAGGUUUCACCAUUUAUAUUUUUUUGACUUGAAACUGUGAUGAAUUAUUCAACUUUAUUUUUUUGGCAGCUCUUACAAUAAAAAUUGUGGAAUCAUUAUAUUUAUUUAAUGCCGUUGAACAUUUACCCACAGUAUAAAUUAACAUAGCCAGACCUCUAUGCCUUAUAUUGAAAGUUUUACUUGUUAAUAUUUGUGAUACUGUUUUUUUUUUAAAUAUUUAUUUCUAAUGAAGCUAAUAUCUUCAUUAUGCCAGUAUAUUUUAAAGCCCAUAAUUAAUGUUCUUUAAGGUGAUAUAUUUGUAAUAUUUUUUAUUUUGCUUCCAAUAAUUGUUUAUUACACAACAAAUUUGAUUUCUUUAGUAAUUCAAUUUGAUGUAUAGUUUGGUUAUUGCUGGAAAGUCAAUUGCAUACCCUUACUUGUUUGAGCACUUGAAUUUUUUAUGCUGUCCCUAUUUGAAUGUUAAGUUCUAGUUAAAAAUAUCCACCUUAUGUGUUCCUCCACUGGACUAAACUGGUUCUUUGCUGGUCAAGGUGUCAGUGUUGCAUUUUAGUUACAAAUGCUUUUUUUUAUAUCUAUUAAACAUAGGUAACAUUAGAACAAAAAACAACAACAUUAAGAUGAGAAUAUACCUUCACCACCUUAACCUUUCUCUUAGUAUGCUGCACCAUUAGGGCACCAUACAAGAACUGUCAAUUGUCUUUCUCCAUUCCUCUCUGUCCUUUGCCUUAGAUAGAAUUUCAUUCACUAACAGGUCUGUCCAUUCUUUGAUGUCCUUUUCUUCUUCCUGGUACUGUUCCCCGAAGGAAGGUCUUUGUGAGCCCUUUGAUGGUCCAGCAACUACACCCUUGAGUGGACAGCCUCACUGGUCCCCCUUCCAACCCCUAAAUCUCUCACAUGUGGCUCCUAGUGCCAUGCACUGGUAAACUACUUUAGCUGGCAUACUAAACCAUGUGAGGGGUGGUGAUAACAUGGCACCAUUGGACGAAAGGCCUUCUCACCUAAGGCCACCAGCCAGGGCAGAAGAGUCCCAAGAGAGACUAUAAUGGCCACAUGUUCAGGACCAAGGCAAACCACCUAACACAUUUGUGAAAACUUCUCUAUUGGGUGUAUAAUAUCUAUCAAAACUAUCCAAUAACAUUGAUCUUCAUUUAAAAAGACAGAUUGUUGAACUAAAUUCAUCAUAGCAACGAUGUGUCUUAUUUAAUUAUACAAUAUAUCCAUGUUCUGUUUUCUUAACACUAAACAAAGAGACACUUUUCUUCUUAUUUAGAAAUGAGCUUUUUAAAAUAUGAAUAUAUUGAUCAGAGCUCAAACAUGCAUUGUAUUAAGUUGAAUGUUUGAGCAUUCUCCAAGCUCAUUGGAAAAUAUGACCAUUAGGAGAUGUAGCUUUCAAUUUGUGAAACCUUUAAUUUAUACUUCAAUAAUCACUAUAACUUUAUUCCAUAAAGCACAGUUCAAUGUCAAACACACUUUGACAGUGCUUUACCUUCAUAGAAACUAAUGAAAAUAGUUUACAUUUGGAACCGAUAUUCUUGUAGUGAUGAAAUAUUUUGUUUUGAGUAUUAUUUAUAAAAUGACAUAUUUUAUUAUUAACAUACUUUAAGGGCUUAACUGGACAUUUUUUAUUUCACUCUAUGUAUUAAUCAUUGUAAUACAAAGUCAUUCAACACAUUACAUAUAACUAACUACUAUGUAAACUAAAUUUUAUAUUGCAUCCUGACCAUUUUAUUCCUACAUUAUCACAGCAUUAACAGUGAACCUCAUUACUGUUAGCUUCAGGGAUCAACAGCCAGUAAGCUUUGUUUAAUAAUGAAUCAUGUACAAAAUAUGCCAAGUUGUAGCAUAAGUAGCGUUUACUUCUAGUGAAAUAAUAUACAUAAUGAAUAAGAAUUUGUGUUUAUGUAUAUAACACAAAUAUAUACAUUUAACAUAUAUACAUAUAUAUAUUCUGAUGUAUGUUAAAAUGGUUUAGCAGUUUGUUUUAUAUUCUAACUGUAAAUAUAUGUUAAAACAAGGUCAGAAGUUUGCUAUAUAUUUUAAUAGCUGCUCUUAUACAUUGCAAUUGCUGCUUGUAUGCAUUCCAAUGACUUUUAUAUGUUCUAAUUGCUGUUAUACAUUCUAAUUUCUGCUGUUAUUGUACAUUCUACAAUUGGCUGCUAUACAUUCUACAAUCUGCUGCUAUACAUUCUACAAUCUGCUGUUAAACAUUCUACAAUCUGCUGUUAUAGAUUCUACAAGCUGAUGUUAUAUAAUUUUAUUGCUGAUACAUGUUAAAACUUGUUAACUUGUUUAGAUUCUAAAAAGUAAGCAGCUUUCUAUAUCUAGCUGUUAAAGCCAGUUGAAACAAGUGAAAGAGUUGUAUAUAUUUCAAACAAGGUAAUUGAAGCAGACUGACACUAACAAAGCAACUUAAAAUGUUCUUUUAUUACUAAGGAUUUCAUCACAAUUUUACUAUAAACUUACAAUUUCAUUAUAAGUAAAGAUGUACAAAUCAUUAGCUUUUAAUAUCUUUGUGCCUUAUUCAGAAUAGAUCAGUAUUUUGUUUGUUCUUUGAACCAUCCAAUGUCAAUAUAUGUAGAAUAUGAUUAUUGUAAAUCUGUGAUAGAAGCAAAUGUUUUGUUUAUUUAUAUAUAUAUGUCUGGAUUAACUUUCAAAUGUUGCUGGUAUUAACUUCAUUUAAUAGAAUAAUAGUUUCUUUUUAUUAAAAUUAUUUCAAUGUUUUUUGUUUGGUGUAAUGCACAAAUUGUAAGACAAAUUUCCUUACGGAUAAUAAAGAUUAUUAUUUUU